GUUUUCAAUGGAUGGUUAAAUGAGCGAAAUAUAUGUAUAAUUCGAUUAUGCUUGUCUUGUGAGUCAAGAUUAUCUCAUAGCCCUCAUAGCGUAUUUAAACGCACAGUUUAUAAGCAUGGCAGGUGAGGUUGUGGUUGACGCUCUUCCGUAUAUCGAUCAAGGCUAUGACGAGCCCGGUGUUCGUGAAGCGGCACUGGCAAUGGUUGAAGAAGAGACCAGAAGAUACAGACCUACGAAAAAUUAUUUAGAACAUCUGCCACCUCUCAAUUUGAGUGCUUUUGAGACUGAGAUAAUGCGUAGUGAGUUUGAACGCAUGCAACAGCGUCAACCAAUGGAUGUGCUGAGCAUGAAGCGUUACGAACUUCCACCUCCACCUGCUGGUAAAAUGACGGAUAUUGCAGCUUGGACAGAGUGUGUUGAGAAUUCCAUGGCACAGCUGGAACAUCAGGCAACAAGAAUUUGUAAUUUGGAGCUAAUGGUUGAAUACGGUUGUGAAGCUUGGAAAAGUUACCUUGAAAUCUUGGUGCAGUUGGUAACCCAGGCACAGAAACAGCUCCAGAGCAUGAGGAAGCUGAUUCAGGAGAUCAACUGGCAGCGCAAGAACAUGCAGACGCAAGGAGGAGAGAAGUUACGUCAGUUAGAGGCCCAGUGGGUAGGGCUUGUCAGUAAAAACUAUGAAAUUGAACAAGCAUGUGUGCAACUCGAGAAAGAAGUGGCAAGAUUGAAACUUGCUGAUAAACAAUAACAGCUGAGUUGAAAUGAAUGACUUUGAAAUGUGUUUCACAAGGCUGACCGAAGAUUAGAUACCAUCAUCCUUGCAUUAUAUUCUACAGGAAAUGUUUGAUAGUAUAUCAGUUCUAACCUCUUCACUGAUAUUAAAUCAUGUAAGACAAAAGGUGAAUGUUACAAUUCUGAUUGAGUGUACAUUUUUGUUAACUAGUCACUUGUCCAAAUGUAAAAUGGCCUUUGUUAGGCCAGCCAGAAAAUUCACUCACUUUAUCAUCUCCUUCUGAUUUGUAAUUGCCCUUUUGAGAGGCCCCUUCUUGAUUCAAAUUUUAAUUAUGUUGCACUCUUUUAGAAUAAACACACUAUACCUAUAUUUAAAGAAAUUUGAGAAAUAUUAGAAGUCAGCUAAAUUGGACAGUGUCAUUUCUGUUUAUUAGAAGCAGGCUGCUCUAGUUUGGAAAUAAAGACGUUUUUUUUUGUUUUUGGUAUUUAA